AUGGCGUCUAUUGCUCUUCGAUCUCGCCUUGUGUCGAGAUUAGCAAAGUUUGGAUCUCGUAAUCCGAGGCUAUCCCUCACGGAAGCAUCUCCGUCGAAUCCCUUAGCCAAGGCUCCGGGACUUGCGUCUUACCACUCCUCCUACUUUUCUGAUGCUCCGCCACCAAAUCAGCCUCCUCCUCCCCCUCCUCCUAGUCCUUUUUCUCCUCCUCCUGAAGCGGCAGCGGCGGCCGCGGAGUCGGUGGGAAAGGAGCGGAAAGGUCUUAAGAUUCUCAGCUAUGGACUCGUGUGGGCACUCACGGGUGCUACCGUUGCUGUUGGUUACGCAAGUUAUGCUUACACAUUAGAUGAAGUGAAUGAAAAGACUAAGGCGUUCCGAGAAUCAGCUAAGCAGACACCACCUCUUCAUUCUUCUGGCAUCGAGAAAUAUCAAAAUAUGUUGUACUCUUCUGCGAUGACAGUUUCUGCCAAAGCCAUUGAGACGUAUCUGGAGCUUAGGGAAGAGGUGGAGGAACAUGUGAAAGGCUUUACGGAACCUCUCUCGGAAAAGCUUCUUCCAGAUUUGCACCCCUCAGAACAGCAUGUCUUCACCCUCGUUCUUGAUUUGAACGAGACACUGCUUUACACUGACUGGAAGCGAGACAGAGGGUGGAGGACGUUCAAAAGACCAGGUGUGGAUGCAUUCUUGGAGCAUCUUGGGAGAUAUUAUGAGAUUGUCGUGUAUUCUGACCAGAUGGAUAUGUACGUAGUUCCGGUCUGUGACAAGCUAGACCCAAAUGGCUACAUACGUUAUAGGCUUGCAAGAGGCGCUACUAAAUAUGUGAAUGGAAAGCACUACAGGGACCUGUCAAAGCUGAACAGAGACCCGAAGAAGAUUCUCUAUGUUAGCGGGAAUGCUUUUGAAACAAGCCUUCAGCCAGAGAAUUGCGUGCCGAUAAAGCCUUACAAGCUCGAAUCUGAUGACACAGCGCUUGUCGACCUAAUACCCUUUCUUGAAUAUGUUGCACGUAACUGUCCAGGUGAUAUCAGACCGGUUCUAGCCUCUUACGAGAGAAAAGAUGUUGCCAAAGAGUUCAUUGACAGGCGAAUGCAAGAACAACGGGGACAAAACCGCCGAUUCUGGAAGCGUUAG